AUGGCCCCUAAAGUUGCUGAGAAGAAGCCCUCCCUUGCCGGAAAGGCCCCUGCCGGAAAGGCCCCUGCUGAGAAGAAGGAGGCUGGCAAGAAGACCACCACCGCCACCGGCGAGAAGAAGAAGCGAACUAAGGCCCGAAAGGAGACUUACUCUUCUUACAUCUACAAGGUGCUGAAGCAGACCCACCCUGACACUGGUAUCUCCACCCGAGCCAUGUCUAUCAUGAACUCCUUUGUCAACGACAUCUUUGAGCGAGUCGCCACCGAGGCCUCCAAGCUGGCCACCUACACCAAGAAGUCCACCAUCACUUCUCGAGAGAUCCAGACCGCUGUCCGACUCAUUCUCCCCGGUGAGCUCGCCAAGCACGCCACUGGUGACGGUACUCGAGCUGUUGCCAAGUACUCUACCUUUGACAACUAA